AUGGCAAUUGAGGACAAACACUGCGGGGAGGAAUGGGACUCGGUCUUUUACGACUCCCUGGAACUGUCGUCGUCGUUGCAACAUGACUGCAGCGUUUCGCCGUGUCGCGUGUUUAAAAUCAUCGUCAUCGGGGACACGAACGUUGGGAAGACGUGUUUGACGUACAGGUUCUGCGGCGGUUCUUUCCUCAAGAACCCCGAGGCGACUAUCGGCGUGGAUUUUAGGGAGAAGACGUUGGAGCUCGAUGGAGAAGCCAUUAAGUUGCAGAUCUGGGACACGGCUGGCCAAGAGCGCUUCAGGAAGAGCAUGGUGGAUCACUACUACCGCAGCGCGCACGCUGUCAUCUUCGUGUACGAUGUCACCAGCCUGGCCACCUUCCAGAGCAUCCCCGACUGGAUCGUGGAGUGCAGCCGCCACGCCGUGGGGCCGCUGGUGCCCCGCGUGGUGGUGGGCAACAAGUGCGACAUGCGAGCCCGUCGCGAGGUGCCCACGUCGGUGGCGCAGUGCCUCGCCGACGGGCACGACAUGCCUCUGUUCGAGACGUCGGCCAAAGAUCCCGCCGAGAAAGAGAACGUGGACGCCGUUUUUCUGACGCUGGCCCACAGGCUCAAGAGCCGCAAACCUCUAAGACUGAAACCGCCCUCCGAGAGUGAUGUCAGGCAUCUGUGGAAAACUAGACAGCAGGAAACGGUAACCUGUCAGUGCUGA